UCAUGUGACCCGCUUCAUGACACUUCUGGACUGCUCAGCAUGAGACCGUUUUUAAACCCGCACCUACUCACAAGCGACACGCACCUUUGACGUCCUGAGCCGGACAGUCGAGCGGGAACUCUGCCCGCUCCGGGCGGCCGCUCACGGUGAAGUAGAUGACUUUAGUUUCCAUCUAGUGCACGUGAAGACGUGAGUCUGUUCAGUGGUCUGGAGAAAAGCCUUCUGCUCCGCUCCAGCCUCCGGACACCCCUCCCACAUCGUCAUCAGCAUCGUCAGCGCCUCCACCAGCAACUGGGACGAGCUCAGUGUUGCGGGGGGAGAGAGAGAGAGACACCUCCGUCUCACCCCUCGAGCUCAUCCAGAGCAGAUCCCAGUGCCGCUGUCGUCCACCAGGUGGUGCUGCAACAGCAGCUGUUUCCUCAAACUUGCCAGUUGGCCUUGGCGUGUCAUGGUUUCAACAUCGACAGCGUUCCAAACACGACCAUCGCCAUUGAACCUGGGGCGACAUAUACAGGAAGUCGUCCACACCGACAGGGGGCGCUGUGACUAGUCCUUAGCUGACGUCACGUCCUGUGUUGCGCUGCUGCUCACCGCAUGGACCGAGCGGCGUGCUCUUCUAGCCGAGUUGCUCGGAAUUCCAGCGUUUAGGAGCAAAACUGCAGUGACGCCGACAUGACGGAGACGAAGUGCCAAGAGCUGCUGGCGCUGGACCCGCUACAAGAGAGCGAGUUCAAGAAGAAAGUCAAGGAGGCGAAGAAGAAGAAGAAACGGCGGCCCGACAGCCAGGUGAACCAGCUGACUCCUGGAGUGAUCUACGUGGGUCACCUGCCGCUCGGACUCUUUGAGCCGCAACUCAAGAGUUACUUCGAGCAGUUCGGCAAGGUCGAAAAACUGCGACUGUCCCGGAGCAAAAAGACAGGGGGCAGUAAAGGCUACGCUUUCGUCCAGUACGAGUGUGACGAGGUGGCAGAGAUCGUGGCGGAGACCAUGAACAACUACCUGAUGGGAGAGAGACUCAUCCAGUGUCAUGUGGUCCCUAAGGAGAAGGUGCAUGACAAGAUGUUUGUGGGAUCCUUGCGACGCUUCAAGAAACCGUCCCAGCCGGCAGUGUCUCGCUAUAACAGGGUGCGCUCAGCAGAUCAGGUAACCAAGAUGACUGACCGGCUAGUGCACAAAGAGCAGAAGCUCCGGAAGAGACUGGCUGCCCGUGGGAUCCAGUACGACUUCCCUGGAUUUGCGGCUCAGGUUCCUCCCAAGAAGAAGAGGGAUCUGGACUCAUCCAUGUGUAGUGACGACACCACGCCUGUUUGCACACCAUCUGUGCUGGAAAGGAGGAAGGCCACAGCAGCAGGGGACGACGGCGAGGACGAGGUUGUCAUCAAGAUGCCUCCGGUGGAAGACCUGGGCUCCUCAACUUCUGAGGAGGAAGAGGAGGAUGAUGAUGAUGAUGAUGAUGGGGAAGAGGAGGCCUGACUUUUUUUGUGGCUGAUCUUGUGUGGUUGUUGAUGGACCUCAGUUUGUGCUCCUGCUGCUGCUCAAAGAUGAGCAGAACUUUUCCUCCUAAUUAUGGGAGAACUUGGGCAGCAGGAGCCGUUUCCAAGGCGACUCCAGUCCUUUGCUCUGUGGUAGCUGUGUUCUGGCUCUGCAAAUAAAGAGUUGAUCAGGAAGGUUUGUUGUUUCACCGUGCCUG